AUGAGGAGCUGGAGAUUUGGGAUUCGAUAUUUACAUGCUUCAGCAUUGAUAAUUUGCACUAUUCCAUUUAUUAGAUCUUUCACCAACCCUGAAGAUGUUAUAGAUAUAAAGAUGGUUGAAAGCUCUGACCAGGAAACCAAGGCUUUAUCACAGCAAGACGGAAAACACUUGAUGAAAAUUCAUGACCAAGAGAUUGAUCAAGUCUUGGCUCCUGUUGAUGAAGAUACAGGUGCAGAGACUUCAACUUCAACCAACUAUCUGCUAUCAGCCUAUGCCCCAGAAUUUGGUCCAUCAAAGGCCUCCAACCCAAGGAAUACCCCUAAAAUUCAACAUUCUGCCAGUCAACAAUUUGGUUCAAAUCACCCACAUGGUAUAAUUAUGAUUCUGAAUGAUGCUUAG